ACUGCGGCUCUGCGGCGAAACUGCGGCUCUGCGGCUCUGCAGACAGAUAUUAUUAGACCGUUCUGCAGUAGGGCUUGCUUACAGUGAGAUACAAGUCAACUGUGCUCCAGGACAGACUGAUAUAAAUAUUUCAAAGGAGAAAAAAUGGGAUUGUCUGGAUCAAAACCAGUGCAUCAACCAAAUCCAGAACUGGAUAGACCAUGGCGGAACUUUGACUGGGGAAUAAAAGAAGAUCUAAAGGAAAAGCUGGAAAACUUCUCUCCUAGUGAUCCAAAUGUAAAGGACAUCAAGAUCCUGGUAACUGGACAAGUUGGAGCAGGAAAGUCCAGCUUUAUUAACUCAAUCAAUAAUGCCUUUCAAGGACGGAUCACCUCUAGAGUGCUAGUGAAUUCGUCUGGUGGUGGCAGUCAUAGUUUCACACAAAAGCUCAAAGGAUUCACCAUCAGAAGUGGGGGGAAAACUUUGCCCUUCGUCUUCAAGGACAUAAUGGGCUUAGAAGCUGAGAUAUUGGCUGGAUCACAGGCAGAUGACAUCAUCAAUGCUGUGUUUGGACACGUGAAGGAUGGCUAUAAAUUCAAUGAGGCGGAGACAAUCUCUCACGAGGAUCAACAUUACACCAGUGACCCUCUCCUCUCUGAUCAGGCUUUCUGCCUGGUGUACGUCAUAGACACAAAUACAGUCGAACUCACAAAUGAAAAACUUAUUGACAAGCUGAAGAUCAUCCGCAAGAGAAUCAGUGAAAGGGGGAUUCCUCAAGUGGUUGUCAUGACCAAAGUGGAUGAAGCAUGUCCGCUGGUCAAGAAAGAUCUAAGGAAGAUCUACACUAGCAAGAUCAUCAAAGAGAGGAUGGAGUUGUGCAGUGCCAAAAUUGGUGUGCCAUUGUCAAACAUCUUCCCAGUGAAGAACUACCAUAACGAGAUUAACACAGAUGAUGACAUUGAUGUUCUGAUACUAAAGGCACUUGAACAGAUUGUUUAUAUUGCCAAUGAUAGAUUGGUGGACAAUGAAAGCUACUGACAAAAAUCAAGCAUAUAGCAUCUGUUCUGGAUAUUAUGUUAGUCAAGCUCACAUCAGCUUAUCCACGUCUACCUGUAGGAAUACGAUAUUCAUAAGCUCUUUCAGUAUUAUCAGCUAUCUGAAUGUGCUGCAUGCGCUGGGAGUUUUUGCUCAGAACAGAACCAUACCGCCAAUCCAAACUGUAUUUGGCAAUCGUAUUUGACAUCACAUAUACAGUAUUGAUGCAUUUGGAGUGGGUCAUUCUUUGAAUGUGAUACAUUUUCUUUAUCAUUUAAGAAAGAUUGUGGAUUAAAAUUACAAUGAAGGAUUAUGUUUUGUGUUAAAUUCUAUAAAUAAAUGUACAGUGGGGUUCAAAGUCAAUGAAUAUCUGGGACUAAAAAUCUAAUAUAAACCUGAAAAUGAAUGUAAAGAUUCAGAAUUAAAACUAUUAAAUUACACAAAUAAGUAAUGUGGGAAUAAUGCACUGACACUCUUGUAUUUUUGAUUAUUUAAAACAAACAUGAACAAAACUUUUACUUAUUGAGAUCUGUUGAACAAAUAUAAUAUUUAAUCAUUAAUUGUUAUUUUUUUCUUGACAAUACAUGUAUUCAGCCUGUCCAAAACAGUGAAUCUGGAGCAAUGUAUACAUUUAGAUUGAGA